AUGACCCAGCAGACAAAUAAAGACCCGUCACAAAGUGAAACGACCACUCCUCCAACAACUCCUGUCACUGUGAAAAAGCCUGCUCUAUGCGGGAACUGCGAUACCGAAAAGACUACUCUCUCAACUCUCGAAGAAGAAGCUAUGGCAGCAGUUCGAGAACAUGCUUUCGCAGUGAACUUGAUUGGUGUGAGUGAGAUGCUUCCACGUACUCCUCAAUUGCUUUUCAUCAACGUUACAACUUCUGAAAAUCACACACACUGCAUUGAGCUGACUAUCAAAGGAUGGAGAGUAGCGUCUAAUAGGAACGACUGCAUGAACGGCGACUUCCGACAACUUGAUAUUCAUACCAAGUACUUCAGUACUCUUCAUGCUCUGCUUACUGAGAUUUCACCUCUUUAUCGAGAGAAAUUCGGGGCUCAACUCAUCGCCAAACUCAGUGAUCUGAAGAAAGAGCGAAGCGACUCUACUGAAUAG